GUAUAAAGUACCCACGCCGCCCCCAUGCCCUCUCUUUCCACAGCCGCAAAACCUCCGUGAGUGUCUAACUCACUGUUAUCGAAAAACUUUUAAAAAUACAUAAAAAAUAUAAAAAUUAUAAAACCUUCAUAAAAAGAAACGAAGUGUUAAAAUUAAGAAAAUAUACUCCUUUAAAAAAAAAAAAGCAAAAUAAAAAAAAAUAAAAAAAACGAGAGACCCCCGGUCUUAAGAAAACAACUAUUUUUUUUCUGGUAGAUUUUAUUUAAAAAAAUUUAAGCGAUUCCUCGUCGAAGGUGACUGUGACAUUUUGGAUCAGAAUCGCGCCUCCGUUUUGAAGGGAAGUUGCCUUACAUAAGACGCUGGAGAUAUGAACACAGCGACGGGGAGUUAUCCGAUGGCUUCUCUCUACGUGGGCGACCUGCACCCCGACAUCACGGAGGCGAUGUUGUACGAGAAAUUCAGCCCAGCCGGACCGGUGCUGUCCAUUCGGGUAUGCCGAGACAUGAUCACCCGGCGGUCCUUGGGGUACGCUUAUGUCAACUUCUCCCAGCCUGCUGAUGCCGAGCGAGCCUUGGACACCAUGAACUUUGACGUGGUGAAAGGAAAGCCGAUCAGAAUCAUGUGGUCCCAAAGAGAUCCCUCCCUCAGGAAGUCUGGAGUGGGCAACGUGUUUAUCAAGAACCUUGACAAGUCCAUUGAUAACAAAGCGCUGUAUGACACCUUCUCAGCCUUUGGAAACAUCCUGUCUUGCAAGGUGGUGUGUGAUGAAAAUGGCUCCAAAGGCUACGCCUUUGUCCACUUUGAGACCCAGGAUGCCGCUGACCGUGCCAUUGAGAAAAUGAACGGCAUGCUUUUGAAUGACCGCAAGGUGUUUGUAGGUCGCUUUAAAUCUCGCAAGGAGCGUGAGGCCGAGCUUGGCGCCAAAGCCAAGGAGUUCACAAAUGUCUACAUCAAGAACUUUGGUGACGAUAUGGAUGAUGAGCACCUUAAGGAGCUAUUUGACAAAUAUGGCAAAACACUCAGUGUGAAGGUGAUGACAGACCCUACUGGCAAAUCCAGAGGCUUUGGAUUUGUUAGUUAUGAGAAACAUGAGGAUGCUAACAAGGCUGUGGAGGACAUGAACGGCACAGAUCACAACGGCAAGACUGUGUUUGUGGGACGAGCUCAGAAGAAAAUGGAGCGACAGGCAGAGCUCAAGCGCAAGUUUGAGAUGCUGAAACAGGAAAGAAUCAGCCGCUAUCAGGGUGUUAAUCUUUACAUCAAGAAUCUAGAUGACACCAUUGAUGAUGAAAAACUGCGUAAGGAGUUUUCACCAUUUGGGUCCAUUACGAGUGCCAAGGUGAUGCUGGAGGAGGGUCGCUCCAAGGGUUUUGGCUUUGUUUGCUUCUCUUCCCCCGAGGAGGCCACCAAAGCCGUAACUGAGAUGAACGGACGCAUCGUUGGCUCCAAACCACUCUAUGUGGCUCUUGCUCAGCGCAAAGAGGAGCGUAAAGCUCAUCUCACCAACCAGUACAUGCAGCGCAUCGCUGGCAUGAGGGCCAUGCCGGCCAACGCCAUCAUUAAUCAGUUCCAACCCACCGGUGGCUACUUCAUGCCAACCGUACCACAGGCCCAGAAUAGAACGACUUACUACGCACCUAAUCAGAUGGCCCAGAUCCGACCAAAUCCCCGGUGGCAACAAGGUGGUAGGGGUCAAGGUGGUUUCCAAGGAAUGCCCAGCUCACUGCGUCAACCACGUACCAACCUGAGACACAUGUCUCCGAACAGCAACACGCAGGGCCCGAGAGGUUCUGGCCAGACCAUUGGUCCUCGUCCUUCAAUGGGAGUACCAGGCCCCCGGACUGUGCCGCCUUACAAAUACGCCACUGGUGUGCGCAACCCUAAUCCCCUGGUGGUACAACCUAUUGCCUUACAGCAGACUCAGCCAGCUGUGCAUGUUCAGGGUCAGGAGCCGCUGACGGCUUCCAUGCUGGCUUCUGCACCACCACAGGAGCAGAAGCAGAUGCUCGGAGAACGUCUUUUCCCACUGAUUCAGGCCAUGCACGCCAACCUUGCAGGAAAGAUCACAGGCAUGCUUCUUGAGAUCGACAACUCUGAACUGCUACAUAUGCUGGAAUCUCAUGAAUCAUUGCGUUCCAAGGUGGAAGAAGCUGUUGCAGUACUGCAGGCCCACCAGGCAAAGAAAGAUGCCACUCAGAAAGUAGGCAGCAUGACUAAUAGCGGUGCUGCUACCACUUCCUGAAUGGUUAAUUUAAACCGAUCAGAUUGAGCUGUGGAGAGAAACGUUACACUGAAACCAGACAAGUUUAGAACAAUUGUGAAGAAAAAAAUCUGGAGGGGGGAAAAAAAAAAAGUAAAAUGUUAUUAGAAAAUUUGAAUAUUUCAGAA